AGUUGAUGAGUGUCGUUCACUGAGAGCACACCAAAGCUCCUUCAGAACUAAAUUUUAAGAAUAAUUUCCAUCAUAUUAUUUAAAUCACGUUUCAAAAAAUAAUUUUCUAGUAAAGUCCUUCAGUUAUUGAUCUCUUUCGAAAGAGAAGAAAGUGGUUAUUUUUUUUAAAUAAAAGAAAAUUUAUUUUCUGUUUUUGUUAUGAUAAACGUGAAGAAUUUCCAUUGGUGUGUCCGCAAACAAGUUGUGGGGGCAACAAGAAAGCACAGAAAUUGUGAAGAGAAAGGGCUGUGGAGGCGCCUGGUGAAAGUGGGUGGAAAUAACCAUUGACACGAGGGAGAGUGAAUAAAAUAAAAUCAUUUGGAUUUGUAUGCUUUUGGCCCUUCACCCGAUAAUGUCUCUGAAAUAAAGACAGUGUGACACAAAGUUCAGGACAAGCGACAAAACGGACAAAUAAAAGUCAAAUAGAUCAAUAUAAUUUGCAAAGGCGCCAAAAUGACGACAAGAAUUUUAUUAACCCUCCUCUCCCUCCUCUCUGUCCACUGAUCAUCUAAUCAGCGAAAUUUGAAUCCCAUUGAAAAAUCACAACACCCCAGGGCGACCUAACACACCUAACAGGUCCUAGAACAUCAUGGGCAGAAAGUACAAGCAACGAAUGAUUCCAGAGCAAGAUCGUCGGAUAUGUGGAUCAAUUUGUUUGUGUCAGCUAACGAUCGUCCUAUCCUGUGUAGCCAUAGUGUACCUAAGUGUGGCUAUUUACAUGCCAUCCUACAAAGCUUUUCAGUCGGGCUUUGAGCCAGAACCCGUCAUGUGCCAAACCAUCAACACCACAAUGGCAAACAAUUGUGCCUGGGCGAGCUGUGGUGAAUGGUGCUUAACCAGGACCAGUGGGUUCUGUCCACAAAUUCACACCGCAGUCCGACGAAAUGGAACAGAUGUCAUCUUUGAGAAUUGCACACGAUCCACCACAACAAACUGCCCACAGGUAAAUCCACGUGAUCUAAAGAAGUACAAUUGCAACAAUGGAACUGAAUGUGCCCAACUCACGGGUGUCUUCAACUGCUCCCUUGGUCACUGUGCUAACAUGUCUGAUCUCUAUGAGUGUCACUAUGGACGAGCCGAUGGAGUCACCAUCGAUGCCGAGAAGGACAAUAUGAAACUCAAUGGAUUCUUCUACUGCAAGGGCUCCAAUUGCACCAAGAUCAAAAGGGCUUUCUCAUGUGAUCGCUUUUGCCCAAAAAUCACCACACCAUCCAUCAAUGUCUUCAUCAUGCACAACGACAGCCUAACAACAGCCGAUUGCGAAGUGGCCCUGGCAACCAAUGAAGCACAUGGCCCAGAGCCAGGAGUUCGAAUUGAUCCCACGAGAUUUUGGAAUGAGUCCCAAGGAGCAGUUCUCACCAGCUGCCUCGAUGCUGUACGCACACAAGAUGGACGAAUUGAGGCUUUUGACUGCCUCAAUGGAACUCUUCUGCCUGAGGAGCAGAUUCCUCAUCCCUGGAUGAACUUCACAGUCUUCUGGAAGAUCUAUGAGAACAGCUCCAUUCCCGUUGAUAUGGACCAGAGAUUCCUGCCACGACAGUCCUCCGUCACCAUCUACAAUUCUAGCAAACUCUUCAUCAACCUUGAGGGAUGCGUUAACACCCUCAAGGGUGAGUGCAAGCAAUUCCUAGCCACUCACGGAAGCGAUGGAGACAAUAAUACAGCUCAGGCACGAUUUCCCUGCUACUACCACAAGAAUAGCUCGACCUUUGUGGUGGCACGAUUUGAUCUGCAGAAGACAUGGAAGGAGCUCAUGAUUGCUGUGAUUGUGCCCACAUCCCUCUUUGUCAUUUCCCUGAUAACCCUCUGCAUCAUCACACAAUCCGUCCGAGUGGGCGAUGAUGCCAAGAUGCGAUGCAAGUACUGCAUCGAUGGAUCAGAUCAGGAGGAUUCAGCUGGGAUGGCAUCAAAGAGGAGAUAUGCACCAGAAGAUGCUCCCAACAUGGCUCCAUCAGUCUCUCAGCAAUCGAAUCCAACUGAACUGAAUAGCAUCUCCUUCGACUGUGGCCAGUCCAGUACGAAAUCCCUAAUUCCAAUGAGUCCUUGCUCCGAGAAGGGAUCAAAGAGAUUUGCAGAAACACUGGAGAAGUGCUGUGAAUCGAGCUUAACUGAGGAUCCACCACAGAUUUCUGUUGAACAAGUAACACUCGAGGAGGAGAAGCAGAAAGAGGACAAACCACUCAUGAUUCUCUAAUUUCUUUCCCAGACAACAACUCCUAGUCCAAUCCCAUCUUUAGAGAAUUAUAUUUAGAAAAAAAAAGAGAUGUACUAAGUGUGUAAGUGUUAUAAAAAUUGUAAAAGCUUCAAUUUUCUUGUUGCCAUGUGGAUCAAAAUCACAGAAAUCAUCAAAGAAGAAAGAUUAAACUUUCAAAGGGACCAUCAAUUGCACUCUUAGCCCAAUCAAAUGCCUUUUCUUCUUCUGGACCAAUACGCCAUGAGAAUGAUAAAAUCACAAGACUACCAGAGAAUGUAAUUGAACGAAAAUUCGCCUUUCGUGCAAGCAAAAGUAUAUAUCAACUCUACAGGGAAUAUCCAUCCCAUCAAGAGAUGAAUAACCAUGAAGAAGACAUCAAUUAUCCCAAAGAUUUCUUCUCUUUCAAUCCCACCACCUCCAAAGACCAGUGCAAUGAAAUCUUCUGACCAGGAUAUAAACCAUUAUAAUAAACGUGUUUGUAAAAUUUUGAAUGUUAACGUGCCUUCAGUGUAAACUUUUGUGAAUAUCCGAAAAUCAAAGAUGUGGAUAUUUUGUCUCUCUAUAUAUACAAAAAAAACUAAACCAGAAAAGAAAUGGAUUUAAGAACUUCUAUUUAAGAAAAAUGUAUUCACUUGAGAUGAGAUUAAUUGUAAAAAAAAACUUUGAAAACUUUGCAGGGAGGCGGUAUUGGAUUCUUUGAUUAAGCUCUGGUAAAAAGAAUUUUAGACCACGCCCCUUUAGAAAUUAUAGCGAUUAAAGGUGAUAAUUUUAAGCAUUUCAAAGUUACUAACGCUGCAGCUUGGCUUAUUUAAAAUGCAGUUGCCAAUUCAAUCAUGAGGACCCAGAAGAAUAAUAUACACUAAAAAAUAAGCCACGCCCUCUAAAGUCCGAAGAACAAAAAUAAUAAAAAUAGUAAUAAAUUUUCAUACAAACUUUUGUGGAAAUUUUUACAAAUUGUAAUACUAAAUGGGCGCGACUUCAGAAAGGGCGUGGCUUAAUCUUUUAUUUCUUUCUCCUUCUUAAUUUUAACAAUCUCAUAGUAUAAUAUCUUUCAAUGGUAACAAUGUAAAAGAACAUUUUCCAUUUUGAUUUUUCAGAAACCAAGAAAUUGAAAAAAUCUUUGGAACAUUCUAAAAUGCGAAAUUGAAAUAGUCUUUCCAAAAUAUUGUAAAUUUGACAAGAAAUUGAAUAAAGAGAUUCAGGAAUUUUCGGUAAAGAACACAGAGGUCAUAGGGGCGUGGCUUAUAUUUUUAGGAACUUAUAAUUUCAUUAAUGAGUGUGGCUGGUCCUGGAUGUACCACAAUAUUCUCUCAUUAUUUAUAGAAACUUGAAGGAAAGCUCAUAUUGAGCAUAAUUCUUAAAGGGGGCGUGGUUUAGAAUUAUUUUUAGGCAGAACUCAAUGAAAAAGUCCAACAUGCCUCCCUGCAAAGUACUCAUCUGAAGGACUCCUAACAAAUAUCUCACUGUUGAAGCUUUUGACUGUGUUGUGAAUCUCUUUGCAACAAAACCACAAUGAAAAAAAAACUGAUAAAAUGUGUUUCUUGUACAAAUAAAAGGGAAAAUAUAUACUGAAAA